CCCUCUUCAUCAUCCAUUCGACCUCACCAUCACCAUCACCUACCCACCCCCCCUUCUACAUAAACAUUGACUCUGUUCCCCUUGAAAUCCCGCCUCCUUAUGCUUUACCAAUCCCCACCUGAUCUGACCUCGUUCCCGAAAGCACCGAACCCUUUGACCCAUCACGCCCCCGGAAUUCAGACCCUUGAAUCCGAGGGCGUUCAACACGUCCCCGUAUUGAGUCGAGGGCAGCUAUGAAGGCCACACCACUGUUAAUCUCGUGGCACAACGACCAGUCCCCCAUCUACUCCUGCCACUUUGAACCGCAUGGAAAGGGGAGACUAGCGACUGCUGGAGGAGACAGUAAUGUUCGGCUGUGGAAAGUUGAAUCGAAUGGCGACUCUCGGUCGGUAUCUUAUCUCUCAACACUUGUGAAGCAUACUCAGACGGUCAAUGUCGUUCGGUGGUGCCCAAGAGGCGAGACUCUCGGAAGUGCAGGAGAUGACGGCAAUGUACUGCUAUGGGUCCCGUCCGAGCACCCGGAACGAACCACAUUCGGAGAAGAUGGAUUGGAUAAUAAGGAGACAUGGAGGGUGAAGCACAUGUUCCGCUCUAUGGGAUCCGAGAUCUAUGAUAUGGCCUGGUCUCCUGAUGGGACAUUCUUCAUUACGGGCAGUAUGGACAAUAUUGCCCGGAUAUACAAUGCCCACACAGGACAAGCCGUACGUCAAAUCGCGGAACACAACCACUAUGUCCAAGGAGUUGCUUGGGAUCCUUUGAACGAAUUCGUUGCUACACAGUCCUCCGACCGAUCAGUCCACAUCUACACCCUCAGAACCAAAGAUGGGCAAUUCUCUUUGGCGAACCAUAGCAAAGUGACGAAGAUGGACCUCCCUUCUCGUCGCAUCUCGUCCAACAGCCCUGCACCUCCCGACAUGCCACAUCGGACAAGCUUCCACACCGAGAACCGGAUUGGCUCUCCCAUUCCCUCCGCACCUGGAACACCCAAUAGCUUGGCCUUGCCAAUGAAUCCGCCACUGUCAUCGCGCAGUCGGCGGUCUUCAUUUGAAUCGUCACCGUCCAUGCGCCGCUCAGCAUCUCCCGCACCAUCAGUGCCACUCCCUGCAGUCAUGCCUGGAAACUCGCCGAGUAUUGGAGGCAUCGGAGCCCCGGUCACCAAGAACACCAACAUCUACGCCAACGAAACAUUCAUUUCCUUCUUCCGACGUCUCACCUUCUCUUCCGACGGUGCGCUACUUUUCACUCCGGCAGGCCAAUAUAAAACACACGUCCCGGCCACUUCGGAAUUCGGCAGGCCAUCCGAAGAUACCGUCAACACGGUUUAUAUAUAUACACGCGCAGGAUUGAACAAGCCCCCAAUCGCAUAUCUGCCUGGACACAAGAAACCUUCAAUUGCUGUAAAAUGCUCGCCUGUCUACUACACCCUUCGGCAAUCCCCCGUUCCGACAAAAAAUAUCAUCGUCGAUACUUCGUCGUUGGAGGAAGAGAUAGCCGCACUUCCCGAACCAGCCCUGCCGAACAAGGUUGGAACUCCACAGUCAACGAUGGACCCGCCGCCGUUUACCAGCGCCCCUUCACCUUCUCCGAGCAUGCUUGCGGCAUCACCGAAGGCAUCGGAGCCGGACACAACGCCUACAUCAGCACCACCAUCUGCUGGCCCGACAUCUGCGUUCGCGCUGCCUUAUAGAAUGGUAUAUGCAGUGGCGACGCUUGAUGCUGUUCAUAUUUAUGACACCCAGCAAACUCUACCGCUUUGCAUCGUCUCGAAUCUCCAUUAUGCGAUCUUCACCGACUUGACAUGGUCAUCCGACGGCAACACCCUCAUAAUAUCAUCUUCAGACGGGUUCUGCUCGACAUUGGCAUUCUCUCAAAACGAGCUCGGGACCGUCUAUACAGGUCCUGUACCGACCGCAUCUCGACCAACGCCGACACCGUCUCACUCCGGUAUCGCUGUCAACACCUCUACCGCUGCUUCCAGCGCACACUCCACCCCAACCCCUACCCCAACAUCCUCAACGAUCCCUAAGCCAAGCACCAUCGCCUCGACCCCAGCCACGACCACGGCUAGCUCGCUCCCAUCCGCCAGCACGCCCCAUCCAUUCCCCGCCCCGCCGUCUCCAAUGAGCAGUAUUCACUCGGCCUCAAACACCGAGUACGCUCGACCGCGUUCGCCUGCCCGUAGCAUGUCUGCGAGCUCCAUCGCAUCCUCUCUCGCACCUCAUGUCGCUGCAGUGCCGCCUUCAGCGCCUAACAAUUCUACAGCAUCAGCGACUUCCUCCACAGCUCAACCUCCGUCAUCGAACCACCCUUCAACGCCCGCCGCGAUCGUCCCGGGGGCGGCCACACCGAGCUUCAGCGCCAUCCCCAGCGUUGCCGCUACAAAUUCCGGACCCGUGCCCGGCAUGCAGCCACUCUGGACGCCACCGCUCACGCCCGGGGCCAGCAGCAUUUCGAACACCGUUCCUGGAGCAAUGAGCACGCACAGUGCGAGGAGCAGCAUCUCCGGAAUUGGAUCAGGGGCCGGCUUUGUCGGAACUGCACUUAGCGGCGUUACCAGCAGUGAGACGGCGGUAGAGAGCGAGAGCGAGCGGGAGGUAGAGGGGCAGAAAGAUGGAGGAGAGAGGAAGAGGGGGGCGGAUGAGGGGGAAGAUGGGGAGACGAGGCAGACGAAGAAGAGGAGGAUUGCGCCGACGUUAGUGGAGGAUAAGGGGACGGGUUAAGCGGGGAGAUAAUGAAGGGUAGUUUGAGCCGAUGCGAUCUUAUCGGCGAGGAAAAUAUGGGCAAUGGCAAGAUUUCUUCGAAAGCGUGUUCAUCGGCGUACCACGGUGGCGGGUUUGCUUUGAAGGCGCACCAUUGUUCGUUCCUACAUGGGGGAUCGUAUCUCUCUAGCGGGUAGUUGGGGGGAUUGAUGGUCCUUCGCGCACAUAGCGACGGCGGAUGUGAGAAUGCAUCUAACACCUGCUUGGAUCUCACUCAUUUCGACGCGAUAGCCAUCUUAUAUCGAUAUGAUGAUAAUUCGAUUUAUGAAUUCGC